UUUAAUUAGUGCAUCAUGAAUUUGGCAACAAUAACCAGACAAUUGCCCUUCCUGGAUUACGGAGCAGCUCAGGUUGCGCACAGUCAAUUGACACCGGCUGCUAUUCUCUCUAAAUCUGUUUGGUCGUCACCGAUCGGAUUUCCUGGAUUGCCACAGUACUGGACAGCUGCACUGCCCACACCAUGGACUUUUCCUUUUCCGACUUCCUUGUUUUCCAUUGCCGACAUCAACAGUGUUCUAUAUGGACACAUGCGCCGCACCGAUGAUCCAACGAAAGGCAUCGCCAUAUCGGCGCUGCAAAUGGGAUUAUCGACUUUGUCGCCCUUUUCCAUGCUGGGCACUUCCCAUUCAAGGUCCCAAGAAGCGAUCUGCAGAAUACGACAGCCUGAAUAUGAGCCUGCUGAUCUUCCAUCAGGUCUGUCCGUGCAUCGAGCUGAUAUUCUCGGCGUUCCGCAAUUUGGAGUAUUCGCCAAGGGUGCCCUGUCUAAAGGCAUCCGAUUUGGGCCUUUUCGGGGGAAAAUUGUACAGACCAGCGAAAUUAAAUCCAACGAUGACUGUUUGGGCAUGUGGGAAGUGUUUGAUGACGGGAAACUUAGUCAUUAUCUGGACGGGAAAACGCAAAACGGUGUGGCCAGUUGGAUGAGUCUGGUGCAGUGUGCCCGGCAUCCCGGUGAACAAAACAUGGAAGUGGUGCAGCACGACGGAGAGAUCUAUUACCAAACCACGCGGGAUAUUGAUGCCGGAACGGAGUUGUUGGUCUGGUACGGGACCGAUUACGAUCGCUACCACGGCAUACCGACAUCCCUCAAAAGCGAUAAGCCACCGGAUAGCCAACAAAAGCAUCAAGAAGAAGCUGGAGAAGGCCAAGGCUUCUCAUGCGAAAGGUGUGGAAAAAUGUUUACCUACAAGUAUUACCUGGACAAGCACUUGAAGUUCACACGAUGUGUGGACCUGGGCAACCGCGGCUAUCCAUGUCCAAUUUGCGAAAGGUCGUUUGAAAAACGGGACCGAUUGCGCAUCCAUAUUCUCCACGUGCACGAAAAGUACAAGCCGCACGUCUGCGCUGCAUGUGGCAAGGCAUUUAGCCAGUCAUCAAGUUUAAAUAAGCACAUUCGCGUUCACACCGGCGUCAGACCGUAUCGUUGUGUCCACUGUGCAAAAACCUUCACCGCAUCAUCCAUUUUGCGAACGCAUAUUAGGCAGCAUUCCGGAGAAAAGCCCUUCAAGUGUAAAUUUUGCGGGAAAUCCUUCGCAUCGCAUGCCGCCCACGAUAGCCACGUGCGACGUACCCAUUCCUCCGCGUGGAAUAACAUUAUGGCUGAUCAGCAUCCUUACCGGCAUGAUCCAGAUUCCGAGGGGGAAGAGGAGGAAGAGGAGCAGGUGGUGUUUGCCAUGACGAAAGGCAAAGCCAUUCCGCCGGUGAACGAGCGGGUACUUCCGGAGCAGGAGACCACGUAUUAUUUGGGUGCACAUCGCCAUAACCAAGAUGUCGAAGCGCACCAGUGUGGAUUACUGUGUUUGCACUUUCCCUCCCUGAGUCGUUAUGCGACGCUCAGCACUUUCAUUAUUGUUUUGACGGUAUUAUGUUGUUUUCAAGGAAUGUUUUAUGCAUUUUGGAUCAGUAUUAUCACGUCGAUUGAGAAACAAUACGAGUUGUCAAGCGCGGAAAUCGGUUUAAUAACCGCCCUGGGCGAGAUCGGCAAGAUUGUCUGCCUGCUAGGCUUAUCGUUUUGCGGUGAACUGGCGCACCGCCCCCGGUGGAUUGCCAUUAGCAGUUUAGCCUUGACUUUAUCCUACAUCUUCAUCCUCAUCCCUGACCUUUUUGCGCCGGAUUCUUCCUGGAAGGAUUUAACCGCCAAUGAAGUGUGCCAUCAUCCGCCGACACCGGCCAAUGCCAGUACGGUUUCCAGUAUAUCUGCCAAAUGUCUGGUGUUCGAACAACGCACAGGAUGGCGCGUUGCCGGCAUGACGAUUUUUGCCAUUGCGCAUUUUGUAUCGGGUUGUGCGAGCGCCAUACCAAUAAUGUACGGUGUGGCGAUGAUUCAGGAUCAUUUUGUCAGGAAGGAUUCAUCAUUGUAUUUGGGUGUGCACUUUGUCGGGAGAGUCUUAGGACCAGUGCUGGGAUUUUUGCUGGGAACGCUUUGCACGGCCACCAUCGCCAGUUCACCUGCAGGUGUAAUCAACUUCGGGGAUCAAGAUCCGCGCUGGCUAAAUAUCCGAGCGUGGCAUGUGACCACUGGAAUUCUAGUUAUUGCGUUGCUCAACAUCGGAGCUGCAUUUCCUAUGUUGCUUUUUCCACCCGAGUUCACAAUUGUGGACCCUGAGUCGAAGCCGCCAAAGGGCUGUGUCGCUGUCCACAACCUGUCAGCCAAUCCUGUCGGAUACCGGAAGCCAUUAUCCUUGCGAAUGGUCAAAGAAGAUGUCAAGAAAUUAGUCUUUAAUCAAAUGUUCAUGACCCGCGUGGCUACUGUGGUCAUCAACGUAUUUGUUCUUUCCGGCUUUUAUGUAUUUCUACCAAAAUACCUGGAAGCCCAGUUUUAUGCUCAGCCAAAUGUAGCAAACAUUGCCACAGCAAUCGCCGUUUUACUGCCCACCGGUUGCGGUAUCAUUGUGGGAUGUUUUCUUUAUCGCUACUGUGAUUUCAAACCAAAGCAUUCAACGCUGAUCACUAUGCUGACUUCCUUAUUAUUCUUUGUGGGAUUCUUGGUCCUAAUUGCUUUCCGCUGUGAUUCGCGCCAAAUGGCCGGAAUGCGAACUAGCGACGGAGUCAUCGAUAUUAACCAACCAUGUAAUUCCCAGUGCAGUUGCGAUGAUCCAGUCUUUAGCCCAGUUUGUGAUGUGACAUCCGGUCUCAAUUACUAUUCGGCCUGUCGUGCUGGAUGUGGACCAGCGCCGGCAACGAAUAGCAGUCAUGCAGAAGCAGUAUCUUGCCACUGUGCAGCAGGCACAACUUUGGAACGCCUUCCAAAAGGAUUCUGUCGCAUAUUAUGCAACAAACUGUGGCCGUUCGUGUUUUUAUUGUUCCUGAUAUUGUUCAGUUGUUCUGUACCAACUGUUGGAUCUGUGAUGUUAAUAUAUCGAACGGUUCCUACCGAUUUGAUGUUAAUGGCUCAUAUUUUUAUGGCAACUUGCGUUGCUGCACUUGCGCUGUUUCCAAGUCCGCUGGUAUUCGGCGGCAUUAUCGAUUCCAGUUGUCUGUUGUGGUCAGCGCAGGGUUGCUCAGAUAGCGGCGCGUGCUUAGACCACGACAACAACGCUUUGGCCUUCCGUGUCAGUGGAACAAUAUCCGGAAUGAAGGUUUUGGCAGUUUUAAUAGAAAUCUACAUGUUCUGGAAGUCGAGGCAACUCGAAUUUGAUGAAAUCGAGCCGGCCAUAAUGUGGUCUCCGGAUGCAGUUCGUUUGGCUUUCACAGAGACUGUCGGACGAUAAAUUUUGCCUGCAAAGCUGCAAAACAUUUGUUUUAUAGAGUACUAUGUUACUGCACAAAUUCUGUAUUCCUUUGUUUAAUUUGGACUGCGGUGCACUGUUUGCGCAGUUUUAAAGCUCUGUUAGUCGCGCUGUUUGUAUUUGAUAAUUUGAUUUAAUACGCAUGAAGUGCCGAAAUUUUCGAUGUAUCGCGAUCAGAUGUACUUCUAUAAAUGAAAUAAAUGCAAU